GAAGUGCUGGCGGCUAAGGGCACGUGAGCAGCCGCCACUCCUUCCGCGUUGGCUCUUGCGCCGGGGUCGUUGUUUCGUGACAACCACUCAGGUAGCCGUUUCUGAGACGGCAGAUGCGGCCGCUUUAGCCCUGAGCUGGCUCCGCGGCUCCCUGGACGGUCUCUGCCAAGUGCCCGACUCUUCUCUUCCGGACUCCACGCCAAGCAGCGACCCUGAGCCAACAGCCAGAGCGCCCAGAAAUGGCGGCCUGGACUGCCUCGCACUGGCCAGUCAAGGGGAUCCUGAAGAACAAGACCUCUACAGCUUCCUCUAUGGUGGCCUCGGCUGAACAGCCCAGCGGGAGUGUCGAGGAGGAGCUGAGCAAAAAAUCCCAGAAGUGGGAAGAAAUGAACAUCCUGGCGACAUAUCAUCCAGCGGACAAAGACUAUGGUUUAAUGAAAAUAGAUGAACCAAGCACUCCUUACUGUCGUAAGAUGGGUGAUGGUGAAGAUGCGUGUAGUGGUACAGAAACCACUGAAGCCGUGGCACCAGAUAUCUUAGCUAAGAAAUUAGCUGUUGCUGAAGGCUUGAACCCAAAGUAUCGGGUUCAGGAACAAGAAAGCAGUGGAGAGGAGGCUAGUGACCUCUCACCUGAAGAACGAGAAGAAAGGCGACAAUUUCCAAUGAAAAGGAAGCUUCACUACAAUGAGGGACUCAAUAUCAAACUAGCUAGAGAAUUAAUUUGAAAAGACCUACAUGAUGACAAAGAUGAAGAAAUGUUAAAGACUGCAGAUGGAGAAAGCAUGAAGACGGAAGAAUCAAAUCAAAGCUCUACAACAAGUGACCGACGGCAAAACACAUUCAGUUCUGUCCUUCCGGUAUAAUUCUGGAUGAACACAGGCUGUUCAGAAGAGCCUGCAGACAAUGACCUAGUGUACUUUGUGGCCUGAGAUGGAGUUGCACUCUUGUUGCCCAGGCUGGAGCACAAUGGCACGAUCUCAGCUCACUACAACCUCCGCCUCCUGGGUUCAAGCGAUGCUCCUGCCUCAGCCUCCUGAGUAGCUGAGAUUACAGGUUCUCCUAGCACCACCAUGAUCUCAGGACUAACCACUGCACACCCGUGAUGGGAUUCCAAACCUUCGCUGCAAGAGGACAAGGUGACGAGUUGCUGACAGUGAAGGCUGAACUAACGCGGACAGUGAAGUGCUACAUGAGUCGGACUCAGACUCCAGGUGAAGCAGCCAGCAGAGGUCAGAGAGAGACAGCUCACGUUCCGGAAUAGCUCUCCAGACCCCCAGCUGGCCAUGUGGUGAGUUCAGGGCCCAAAUCAAGUAGUACCAGCAACCAGGGAACUCCUAUCUGUUUUGAAUGGAUUCACACCAGCCACAAGCCUGGAAAGAUGGUGUCACAGUUUACAGUCAGGCAGGAUUCUCCUGUGGAGCCCUGGGAAGGGAUCAGCGAUCACUCUGGCAUUAUUGAUGGUUCGCCCAGACUCCUGAACACUGACCAUCCUCCUUGCCAAUUAGACAUCAGGCUCAUGAGGCACAAAGCUCUCUGGAUUAACCCCCAGGAUGUGCAGCAACAGCCGCAGGACUUGCAAUCUCAGGUGCCAGCAGCAGGGAACAGUGGGACCCAUUUUGUGACAGAUGCUGCCUCUCCCUCAGGCCCUUCACCUUCGUGCCUCGGGGACUCCCUGGCAGAGACAACGUUGUCUGAGGAUACCACAGACUCUGUUGGCAGCGCUUCUCCCCAUGGCUCGAGUGAAAAGAGUAGCAGCUUCUCUCUGUCCUCAACAGAGGUACACAUGGUCCGCCCAGGAUACUCUCAUCGGGUGUCUCUGCCCACAAGCCCUAGGAUUUUGGCCACCUCCCCAUAUCCUGAGACUGACAAUGCUUUUUUUGAGCCUUCCCAUCUGACAUCUUCUGCUGAUGAAGGUGCUGUUCAAGUCAGUAGAAGAACCAUUUCUUUGAAUUCCUUCUCACCAGAGGUAUUUGUGCUGCCUGUUGAUGUAGAAAAGGAAAAUGCCCACUUUUAUGUUGCAGAUAUGAUUAUAUCAGCAAUGGAGAAAAUGAAGUGUAACAUUCUGAGUCAACAGCAGACAGAGAGCUGGAGUAAAGAAGAAGUCAGUGGGUUACUUGGGAGUGAUCAGCCUGACUCUGAAAUGACUUUUGAUACCAACAUAAAGCAAGAGUCUGGGUCUUCUACUUCUUCAUACAGUGGCUAUGAAGGUUGUGCUGUGUUACAGGUCAGCCCAGUGACUGAAACACGUACUUACCAUGAUGUGAAAGAGAUUUGCAAAUGCGAUGUUGAUGAAUUCGUUAUUUUAGAGCUUGGAGAUUUUAAUGAUAUCACAGAAACCUGUAGCUGUUCCUGCAGCUCCUCUAAGAGUGUCACUUAUGAGCCAGACUUCAAUUCUGCAGAACUAUUAGCCAAAGAGCUGUACCGCGUGUUCCAGAAGUGCUGGAUACUGUCAGUAGUUAAUUCUCAGCUGGCAGGUUCCCUGAGUGCAGCUGGCUCGAUAGUCGUAAAUGAAGAGCAUGUCCGAAAAGACUUUGAAUCCAGUAUGAAUGUAGUACAGGAAAUUAAAUUUAAGUCUAGGAUCAGAGGGACUGAAGACUGGGCUCCUCCUAGAUUUCAAAUCAUAUUUAAUAUUCAUCCACCACUCAAGAGGGACCUUGUGGUGGCAGCCCAGAAUUUUUUCUGUGCCGGCUGUGGAACUCCAGUAGAGCCUAAGUUUGUGAAGCGGCUCCGGUACUGCGAAUACCUAGGGAAGUAUUUCUGUGACUGCUGCCACUCAUAUGCAGAGUCGUGCAUCCCUGCCCGAAUCCUGAUGAUGUGGGACUUCAAGAAGUACUACGUCAGCAAUUUCUCCAAACGGCUGCUCGACAGCAUAUGGCACCAGCCCAUUUUCAAUUUGCUGAGCAUCGGCCAAAGCCUGUAUGCGAAAGCCAAGGAGCUGGACAGAGUGAAGGAAAUUCAGGAGCAGCUCUUCCAUAUCAAGAAGCUGUUGAAGACCUGUAGGUUUGCUAACAGUGCAUUAAAGGAGUUCGAGCAGGUGCCGGGACACUUGACUGAUGAGCUCCACCUGUUCUCCCUUGAGGACCUGGUCAGGAUCAAGAAAGGGCUGCUGGCACCCUUACUCAAGGACAUUCUGAAAGCUUCCCUUGCACAUGUGGCUGGCUGUGAGCUGUGUCAAGGAAAGGGCUUUAUUUGUGAAUUUUGCCAGAAUACGACUGUCAUCUUCCCAUUUCAGACAGCAACAUGUAGAAGAUGUUCAGCGUGCAGGGCUUGCUUUCACAAACAGUGCUUCCAGUCCUCCGAGUGCCCCCGGUGUGCGAGGAUCACAGUGAGGAGAAAACUUCUGGAAAGUGUGGCCUCUGCAGCAACAUGAUGCCCCUGAGUACUGUGAAAAAGACUGUUCAACAUGCCUUAUGAUAACACCGAUUUGUGUCUAUUAUUGGUGACGUUGUUUUAGAUAUUGGGUAUUGUAUAUUAAGGAAAAAGAUGGUCUAUAUUCUCUUUAUUGCAUAUACUUAAUGUUUCAAAAGAAUGCAGAUUCUGUGUUUAAGCACAGGGCUGAUAGUAGUGGUUUUGUUUACAAAUGUUCUGUUUUGGCUGCUAUUGGUUUUUUAAAGAGGUUUUUUAUACUUUUGUAUUUGAAUAGUUAUGUUUCACUGAUGCUGAGCCAGUUUGUAUGUGUGUGCAUAUAUGUGAACUGUAACUGACAAGAUGAAUUACUCAAUUUCUCUUCCUCUAAAGCUUGUUUGAUGAAACUGGUUGGUCCUUUCAGUGAACAAAAAUAUGACCCCAAA